AGAAGACAGAAGUGCCAAUGAGAGCUGGUCAGUCUUCAAGCACCAUUUCUUCCAAGCCCAGGAUCAGUGGGAAAGGAGGAAAAGGAGCUCCUGACCUGCUUUGACAUGAAGCCUUAUGGUGAACGUGUCCUGCAGCUGGCACCAAGGUACCUGCAGAGCAAGAGCAGUGUGAUGCGGUGCCUGGUGCUCAGAGCCCUCAGCGCCCUCUGCCACGAACCCGCGAUGGCCAAAAGGAUGUGGAUCCUGCAGAGAAGGCUCAUGGAACUGCUGGCAAGUGCAGAUGGGGAGGUGAUCGAGAUGACCCUCUACUUGCUCAGAAAGAUGCUCCAGGCCAUGAACCACCCACUUUGCUACACCAUCGGUCUGGGGCUGGCUCGGAGGCUCCCGCCACUCUUUGACCACGACAACAGACAUGUGCAGCUGCUCUCCCUCCAGCUCUUCCAACACGUGAUGGAAGGUAUGGACAGUAAGGGAAGAAAGAAGCUGAAAGAGCAAGUCAUCCAGAGCCUGAUCCAACUGCUCUGCACCCUGCACGAUGAGAACCAGGAGGUGGCAGAGGCCUCUCAGGAAACUUUGCUGCAAGCUGCCAGAUUCCUGAAGAAGAGGAAGCUGAGCCAGCUGCUGGAGAGGCGGCAGACAUGGCCAGCGUUCAAGUACCUGCUCUCCGAGAGCAGCAGCUCCAGAGCCAGCCGGUACGUGCAGCAGGCGCUGUGGUGCCUGCAGAGCCGCAAGCCGUCCGUGCAAGAGGCGGCCGUCAGGUUCAUGGGGCUCGCCGGGCAGCGCCUGAAGGGUCAGCAGAAGGAGCUCCAGGUCAUCCAUGAGGCCCUUCAGAGCAUGCCAAAUGACAUCAGCUCUUCACUUGAGAACCUGAUAGCUGAAACCCGUCUCAUCCUGAGAGCUGUAGAUGGAACAGCUUCCUCCAGACCCAGUCUGCUGGCCUGGCUCCGCAGGGCCUGGAGUUUCACUUCCAAGAACUGAAGGAGCUCCUCAGUGAAAGCCUGGGGUGAGAAGUGGAGGCUGGAUGGCAUUAGGGUACUGUGGAAGUGGCAAUUAAAAUCACUGCAAUGGUGACAUGGUUUGUGGCUGCUGGGGAGGGAAUAGGAUAGAUAUGAUCAUCACUUUGGGAAUUGUGUCACUUUUUGGGAUAAAUGUGGGGUUGUUUAACUUAGUGAUGCUGGUUUGGUGGAGGUAUCCCCUGCACAAUACACAAUAUCUGUUGUUGUGACUGAGUCCUGACUCCAGAAUCCUGACCCAGCUGCACCUCACCUCCCACUCCUGGUGAGGAGAGUUAGAAAGCAAAGGGGGUGUCCUGGUUUAGGCCCAUCAGGGAACAAAAGACCACGAUUAGCCUCAAGUAACAAAGACCUGAGGAUUGCCAAAGGGCAGGGAGAGCUUAAUUGCCACUUAAGCUCCAGGACCUUAAUUUAGCCAGAGAUGUUAAUGACAGUAAUGAGGCAUUUUUCAAGUACAUCAGCAGCAGAAGGAGGACGAGGGGGGAUGUGGCCCUGCUACUGAACACAGAGGCUGCCCUGGGGACCCAGGAUGCAGAGAAGGCCCGAGGACUGGAUGCUUCAGUCUUUACGGCCAAGGCUGACCCUCGGGAAGCCCAGUCCAGCAAGGAUAACAUGAUGGCCAGGACAGCAGAAGACUUGCCCUGGGUGGAAGAGGAAGAGGUCAAAGACUUGUUGGCCAAGCUUAAGGGUCAUAAGUCAAUGGGUCCUGAUGGGAUGCAUCCUAGAGUACUGAGAGAGCUGGCUGAUGUGAUUGCUAAGCCUCUCUCCAUCAUUUCUGAACAACCAUGGAGCACAGGUGAGGUGUCUGAGGGCUGGAGCAAGGCCAAUGUCACUGCAGGCUGCAGCAAGGACAAGCCAGGAAACUCCAGGCCAGUCAGGCUCACCUCCAUCCCUGGAAAGGUGAUGGAACAACUCAUCCUGAAACUGAACAGCUCAUAGUGAAACUCAAACAUAUGAAGGAAAAAGUGGUUAUCAGGAGGAGUCAACAUGGCUUCACCAAGGGGAAAUGCUGUUUGCCCAACCUGAUGCCUUCUAUGAGUGCAGAACCAGCUGGCUGGAUGAGGGGAGAGCAGCAGAUGUCAUCUACCUUGACUUGGUCUCCAACAACAUGCUCAUCAUAAAGCUCAGGCAGUGUGGCUGGGAUGAGAGGACAGUGAGGUGGAUGGAGAGCUGCUGAAUGACAGAGCCCAGAGGGUGGGAUCAAUGGCACAGAAUGGAGUUGGAGGCCUGUGGCCAGUGGAGUUCCACAGGGAUGGGAUCUGGGGCCAGUCUGGUUCAACAUCUUCAUCAGCCACCUGGAUGAGGGGACAGAGGGACCCUCAGCACGUUCUCUGCUGGCACCAAACUGGGAGCACUGGCUGAUUCCCCAGAGGCUGUGCUGCCAGUCAGCAGGAUCUCGUCCAGCUGGAGAGUUGGGCAGAGAGGAACCUGCUGAGGGUCACCAAGGACAAGGGCAGAGUCCUGCAGCUGGGAAGGAACAACCCCCUGCACCAGCACAGGCUGGGGGUGACCUGCUGGAGAGCAGCUCUGCAGAGAGAGACCUGGGAGUGCUGGGUGAUAAUAAACUGACCAUGAGCCAGCAACGUGCCCUCGUGGGCAAGAAUCCAAUGGCAGCCUGGGGGCAUCAAGCAGAGUGUGGGCAGUAGGUCAAGGGAGGUUCUGCUGCACCUCUGCUCUGCCCUGGUUGAUGAGACCACUCUGCCUGAAAGGGUAGAAUGGCCCUCGAAAGGAUUUGCUUGGUAAGGGUUAAUCGUUUCUGGGAACCUGCCUGAAAGGGUUGGCUCCUUGAAGCGUAGGAACCUGCCUGAAAGGGUUGGCUCCUUGAAGCGUAGGAACCUGCCUGAAAGGGUUGGUUUCAUGAGAACAAAGCCCUGGUUUUACCAAGCACAUUCUGUGUUUAGAGUAAGCGAUAGUAACAGUACCAGAUGUCUUGUAGUCACGGAACAUGCAUUAAAGGUAUGUGGUAAACAACAUCAUAAAUUUUGUAAAAUAAUACUUGAUUGUUUUGUAGCAUAUAGAAACUGCACAUAUUCAUAUUGUUUGUUGAUGUGAACCGAUGAUCUUUGCGAUAUGUACUGACUAUAAAAGAGCCUAUGAAGAAGUAAUAAACUAUCACUUGCCCUAAGAGCAGUGGUCCGCCUGUCCUUCAUCGUCCUGGAAAGAGCUGGUCUCUGACAAAUGGUGCCGAAACCCGGGAAACUCGGUUGCCUUUGACCAGGGUGAGCUGCCUCCGAAUCAACAGAACCGCGGUAAGGAUAAGGGGAAAUAAAGGGGGGCAGAACUACUAGGAAGGUGUAAAAUAUAAGAAAGUAGAAAUUUAUCUCAGUAAAAUAAAAACAAAAAUCCCUUUUGUGUCUUAGAUUUUCCGUUGACCAAGUCUGAGACUAAGUCUGGAUCCAGCCGCACCUAAGCCCUUUCUAUAAGGUGUCUUAGAAAGCAAGGGGGUCCAGACUGAACCUCGUGACUCAACGGUAGGGCUCCCUCAUAUUCAGCAUUUACAAUUUAAAAUAUGGGACAUGUACAUAGUACGGAAAGACAGCUGUUUGUAGCUAUGGUCAAGACAUUGUUAAAAAGUCGAAAUAUAUCUGUAACCACCAGGCAAGUGGGUGGAUUUUUAGAAUUUAUAGACACUGUGUGUCCUUGGUUUCCGAAUAAAGGCACUAUUAAUUUAGAAACAUGGAAUAGGGUCGGUGAAAACAUUAAAGGCUAUUAUGCUGCUAACGGCCCUGAUAAGAUCCCUAUAGAUGCUUUUCCUUUAUGGACUUUAAUUAAAGAAUGUUUACAAGGUGAUACUGAAUAUGAUAAAUGGCAACGACAAACACGUCCUCGAUCUCGUUCAGCGGAUUCAGGUUUAAAACCUUCUGCUCUUAUUAAUCCCGGUUCACAACCCUCUGCUCCACCUGAAUAUCCAGCAAUAAUCAAUAAUGAACAAAAAGAUAUUCAGGAAUCUAAUUUUAAAAAUCCCUUUCUUAUGUACUCAAAUAAGGGAGGUAAAAAAUGCCGACCAUUAAAACAAAGCAAAAGUACCUUGAAAACUAUAGAAUUAUCUGAAGAAUUAUCUUCCGAUGAGGAAGCUGAAUUAGAAAAAGGGGCUGCUCAAUAUCACCACGAUAGUGAUGAGAUUCUUGUUCAAGCACCUUUUGUGCCUAAAAAACACCAAAAAAGAGAACCUAUAGUUUUGCCAGCAAUAAAAGCUGGUAAGCGCCCUCCUCCGCCUGAUAUUUAUCAUCAAUUGUCACCCCAUUCUCCUUUACAAUUAACUUUGAUGCAGGCUAGACAACAAGGAGAAGACGUUGGCGGAUUUUCUAAGAUGUUGCAUGCAUAUCCUAUAACAUAUACUCCCCAUCCUAAUCAGGCUAACCUUAGAAUUGCUAUUCAUAUUGCUAUUUCUUUUUCCAAUCUUAAAGAAUUAAAAACAGCUGCUGCUCAAUAUGGUGCAACCGCACCAUAUACUACUGCUAUUUUAGAAACAAUUGCAGCUGAGGUCCUUCCUCCUUGGGACUGGAAAGGUUUAGCUAAAGCUACCCUAACAGGAGGAGAAUAUUUGCUAUGGCUCACGGAUUUUGUAGAUUCUUGUUAUGAUUAUUCUCAAAAACCACAUUUUCGCCAGCAAGGAAUUACUCAUGAAAUGUUGGCUGGUACAGGACCGCAUGUUGAUUUAGCGCAACAACUAGCUUAUCCUGCCGCAGCAUACGAUGCCAUUAGAGAAAUUGGCUUAAAAGCCUGGAAGGGAUUACCUAGACAUGGAACUUCUAGGGAAGAAUUAACUAAAGUCCGACAGGGACCAGACGAACCUUAUCAUGAUUUUGUAUCUCGUUUGUUACAAACUUCAUCUAGGCUCAUACAAGAUACUGAUUCAGCAAUGAUUUUAGUUAAAGAAUUAGCCUUUGAAAAUGCUAAUAAUAUUUGUCAAUCUA